AUGGCUAAAUUGAAUGUUGGUCAACGAGCGGCAUUCGAUCAAAUAAUGGCCGCAAUCAAUGAUGAAAACUGUCUUCAAUCGCGUCAAUUCUUCUUAGAUGGUCCUGGUGGAACGGGGAAAACCUUUCUCUACAAUACUCUUAUCAACGUUCUACAGGGUGAAGGAAAAAAGGUUAUUGCUGUCGCUUCAACUGGAAUCGCUUCAACAUUGUUAAUCGAUGGAGCCACAUAUCACUCUCAAUUUAAAAUUUACCCUCCCAUCACAGAAACCACAAGAUCAAAAAUAGAAGAACACGACUUCUUGGCGAAAUUGAUAAGGGAUGCCGCACUCAUAAUCGAGGACGAAGCUACUGUGAUGACCAACCACGCUCUCAAUGCGAUUAAGCACGUCACUGAAAAAGUGACUAAGAAUAACAAGCCUUUUGGAAAUAAAGUCCUUCUUCUCGGGGGAGACUUUAGACAAUGUUUGCUAGUAGUCAAACAUGGAAAUCGAGUUAAGGUAGUCGAAGCUACCAUUAAAAACUGA